AUGGACAACCGUCAGUCUGUGAGAAACAACCGCAGUGCUAAUGCAGCAUCUGAUGAUCUGGUUUAUAUUGAGAGAGCAGAGGAGAGUCUGAAGUUUAAAGGGGCGGUACGCAGACAGUUUCCUGUAUUGCUGUCUUCUGAGUUCUUCAGUGUCCCAACUGAGACAUUCAAACCUCAUCACAGAGCUCCUUUCUUUCCUCACCAUCAUGUGAGUGUGAGAUUCCUCUGGAGUCUGGUGGCCUGCAGCACCUAUAAGACUGAGACCAGCCAGAUUCAGAAGACUGUGAGCUGCCUAAAGCCGCAACCAAACUGCAUUCCAAACAAUGACCUGGACCUGAAACAUCCAGAGCCUGAAAGGGAUCAUGAUGAAGAAAUGCCUCAGCAAGGCUCAGAAGCCAUGCAUUCUUCUUCAGCGCAAGAUUCUGAAGAGACUGAGACAAGCCAGAUUCAGAAGACUGUGAGCUGCCUAAAGCCGCAACCAAACUGCAUUCCAAACAAUGAUCUGGACCUGAAACAUCCAGAGCCUGAAAGGUGUCACAGUCAUCGUCUGGUGUGCACAACAAUAUCAUCUUUGGACAAGUGCAUUCAGUGUGUGGGACCGGUUUCCUCCCUCAAGUGGCUUGGCUAUAAGUGCAAAGUUUGUUUAGGGGUCUGGCACAAAUCCUGCCUUGCAAAAUUGUCAAAUCAGAAUUGUCACCAGUCAACACAGAAAGAAGAAAUUUCUGAAUAUUCAGGGGAAGAUGGAUUGCCACAUUCAGUUCUGGAUCAAAUAUCAAGCGAUGAUGAUGGCAACCACAGCAUAUCAGAAGAAGAAUAUGUGCCAGAUUCAGAGUCAUAUGAUGAAGAUUCAGAUGAAGACAUCUCAUUAUUGCCAAGCACAUCAAAAGGUCUGCUAUGCCAAGAUGACAUCUCCAAAGCGCAUGAACAAUCAGAUUCAACGAAUUUAAUCCACAACUUGACAAAGGACAAGCCAGAAGAUAAAAGUGAGCUUUGCGAAACUGAAUCAGAAAAAAUGACUUUAAGUAAAAGAAAUUACUGCUAUUUUUGUGGCAAACCACAAGCUAAAAUUUCCCGCCACCUGAAAACGCACAAAACAGCUCCUGAUGUUGUGCAUGCAUUUUCCCUGCCUAGAGACUCAAACGAGCGUAAAAGCCUGUUAGAGAAAUUGAGAAAUAAGGGAAAUUUUAAGCAUAAUGCUGCAGUGUUGCAUGGUGGAGUGGGACCACUGAAAGUGAAGAGAAGACCCAAGAUUAAAGCAGUAGAGGGAAAGUUUGCUCAUUGCUUUUAUUGUCAAGGGAUGUAUGUUCGCAAGGAUCUUUGGAGACAUGUCCGCAGAUGUCCUAACAAACCAAAAGAUGACACGGAUAAAGAACCUGGAAGAACCAAAGUACUUGGCCUGGCUUUAACUCUGGAGUCUCAGUGUUAUCCGCAGGUGUCAAGUGGAGUGUGGAAGGUUCUUGCUGUUAUGAAACAAGAUGAGAUUGCCUCAGCUGUGCGAAAUGACUUUACUGUUAUUCAGUUUGCCCAGUCCCUCUACAAUAAACAUGGACAAGACCCUACUAAGUAUGAUUAUAUACGACAGAAGCUUCGUGAAGCGGGACGUUUGUUGUUGUGUCUGCGUACAGAAUUCUCAGUGCAUAACAUCGAAGAAGCUAUUAAGCCUGCUAACUUCCAGAGAGUUGUGCAAGCAAGGAUGGAGCCCUAA